UAAAUGUGUUUCUGAAUUAAGACAAAAUUCAAUUAUAUUAAACAGAAAAUCAGAAUUUAGGGUUGUUUGCUUGAAUGCGAUAACAAUGUAUUAAUGAACGCUUAAAAAGACCAUGUAAAUAUCUCUAAAAUCAGACGUCUAUUUACAGUUUGUUUGCUUUUCAAAAACAUCAUCUUUACUUGCAGUAGAAAAUGCAUAAAAUCUUAGAAUUCCAAGUUGUCGUGUUGGCCGCUGGAAAAGGUUCCCGUAUGCCAGAUGUCGGAGGAUCAGUUUCGAAAUGUCUCCUACCUGUUGGGCCGUACCCAGUACUAUGGUAUCCAUUAAAUAUGCUAGAAAAAAUUGGAUUUCAAGAUGUAAUGAUUGUGGUACUAGAUGAAGAUAAAUCUAACAUUCUUAAUGCACUAGAAAAAUGUCCCUUAAAAAUAAAAUAUGAGUUGAUUGUAAUUCCAUCAGAAGAAGACUGGGGUACAGCAAAUUCCUUAAAGCAUGUUAGUGCUAGAAUCAAUACAGAUUUACUAGUCAUAUCAGGAGACCUCAUUACUAACAUAAACCUCAAUGAUGUACUGAACCUACACAGGAAACAUGAUGCAUGUGUCACUUCCUUGUUCUUCAAUAAUGGUCCUGAAGAGUGGAUUGAAUUACCGGGACCGAAAACUAAGUCCAAACCUGAUCGAGACUUAGUUUGUAUAGAUAAAGAGACUGAGAGACUUGUUUUUCUGGCAAGUGCCAGUGAUUUUGAAGAGAAUGUGACAAUACCAAGAUUACUUGUGAAAAAAUAUGAUGCUUUGAGCAUAUAUAGUAGAUUAUUGGAUGCACAUGUCUAUGUAAUGAAACACUGGAUUUUAGACUAUAUUGUAGAUUCCGAAAAAUUUACCUCGAUUAAAGGUGAAGUUGUUCCUUACAUUGUUAAAAAGCAAUUAACAAAACCUAACAACUUAGUGGAAAAGAAAGGAACCUCGGAAAAGAAUGCAGAAAUUAAUAAAGGCAUUUUUGACUAUGCUGUAGAGACAGGCUAUGAGCGUAAGAUAAGAGAAAUAUCAGCAUACAAUGAUCAUAAGCAUGGUAACAAAGGGGUGUAUUUUAAUGAUGCUCUUAGAUGCUAUGCACAUAUUCCUAGUAAAAAUACAUUUGCAAUUCGUGUUAAUACACUAUCAUCAUUUUAUCUAUCCAACAAUAAGAUUUUAUCAAAAUGGCAAGAUCUUACUGGAUCAUCUCUGUUUGAAAGAUUUCACCCUAACAGUGAGGUGAAAACAAAACAGAUUGAUGAUAAUUGCACUGUUGGAGAGAAAACUAUUAUUAAUGAAAAAACAUCAAUAAAAAAUUCAUUUAUUGGCUCAAAUUGUAAUAUAGAAAACAAAGUCAGACUAACAAAUUGUAUACUCAUGAACAAUGUGACCAUCAAAGAAAGCUGUGUUCUACAAGAUUGUGUUGUCUAUACCGGAGCGACAGUAGGCACCAAUUGUUCAAUGCAAUACUGUCUUAUAGGACCUCACCAUUUGGUUCCGGAAUCAACUAAGAGCAACCAUCAACUGCAUGCAGAAACUACAGAUAACAUGAUAACGCUUGGAUAAAAAAAAUGUCAAUACUGUACCUACCCUCAGUUGUUUGUAUGGUGUACUAAAUUAAAUACUAUUCUCCUUUGA